AUGUCUGAAUUGAAUCCAAAGCGGCAUAUUGAAAAGUCGCGCAACAUAGCCGCCGGCUUUGCACUAUCAAACAUUAUCAAGUCCGAGCCACACGUGGACGCAAUCCUCCACUGCUUCGAAAAGCACCUCGACAGAUUAAGCAAAUGCAACGAGGUAGUAGAAUUUGACAAAUGGUUCAGCUUCUUCGCUUUUGACGUGCUGGGCGAAGUAACCUUCUCAAAAUCCUUUGGAUUCGUAGAAACAGGCACAGAUAUCAGAGAUGCGGUCGCAAACACCAAAGCCCUGGCAGUCUACAUCGCGGUCAUGGGCCACUAUAUCUGGCUACACAACCUGACACUGGGAAACCCGCUUCUGAGCCGCAUUGGACUCCAGCCUUCAUCGCAUAUUUUCGACACUUGUCUUGCUGCUAUCGAUGCGCGCAAGAAUAACCCCGCAACAAGGAAUGAUAUGAUGCAGCGCUGGCUGGACGUUCGGGCCAAAUAUCCCGAUCGCAUGACUGAGAAUGAGAUCUUUGCCGCGGCUGUUGCGAAUAUCGGGGCCGGGGCCGAUACUGUUGGUGCCACAGCCCAGGCGUUUAUUUAUUACCUACUCCGUCAUCCAGAAUAUUUGCAGCGCUUACGCGAUGAGAUUGAUGCUGCCCAGAGUCGGGGUGAACUCUCGCCUAUCGUGCAGUAUAAUGAAGCGCAGAGGUUGCCAUUUCUUCAGGCCUGUCUGAAAGAGACGUACCGUUUCCACUCUGCUGCCGUUGGUGGACUUCCCCGAGUCGUGCCACAAGGUGGGAUGACUAUUGCUGGCAGAUAUUUUCCCCAAGGAGUGGUUCUCAGUAUCAACACGUGGGUCUUUCAUCGCAACCCCCAGAUCUUCGGCGAGGACUGCAACAGCUUCAACCCAGACCGCUGGCUUCAAGCAGAGACAACUUAUAUCGACUCGUUUUUAAUCCACUGGGGAGCUGGGUACAACCAAUGCCCCGGCCGCAAUCUUGCCCAAUUUGAGCUACUCAAACUAAUGGCAACUCUAAUAAGGGACUACGAUAUUGAGCAAGUGGAUCCUAGAAACGAAUGGGUAUUCAAGAGUCAGUUUACGGCUAUUCCGUCUGGAUGGCCAUGCAAGAUUCAAAGACGCUCGCGUGAAUGA